AUGGCGAAACAGGAGCCUAGCUGCCUCAGCAGGCAGCAGCUCCUGGCCGCCAUCCGGCAGAUGCAGCAGCUGCUGAAGGGGCAGGAGACCCGCUUCGCCGAGGGCCUCCGCGUGAUGAAGAGCCGGCUGAGCACCCUGCACGCCUCCCUGGCCAAAGCCACCCCCGAGCCGCCGGCCGCCUCCUGCCCUGCCCUGCAAGCUCCCGCGGACGGGAGGAAGUUUGGCAGCAAAUAUUUGGUGGACCACGAGGUUCACUUCACCUGCGACCCGGGCUUCCAGCUCCUGGGCUCCAGCACGCGGACGUGCCAGGCCAACGGCAGCUGGACCGGGCAGGAGCCCCGCUGCGCAGAGAUCAGCGAGUGCUCGAGCAGCCCCUGCCAGAACGGCGGGGCGUGCCCGGGGGGGGCGAACCCCCCCCAUCCCGCGGUGUCCCCCCCAGCUCCCCCCGCCUGGAGCGUGACAGACGACCCGGCGUUCAGCCGCCAGCCCCGCUGCGCCCAAAUCGACCGGACCCAGCACUGCAGCUGCGAGCCCGGCUUCCAUAUGAGCGGCACGGCCGCCAACGGCCUCUGCCAGGACCUCAACGAGUGCGAGGUGUACAAGCGGGAGGGGGGUCCCCGGCUCUGCGCCCACGCCUGCGUCAACCUCCCCGGCUCCUACCGCUGCGCCUGCCCCGCCGGGUACAUCCUCCUGGGUGACGGCAAGAGCUGCGAAGACAUCGACGAGUGCGCCCUGUCCCAGGAUAACUGCACGGGGGGGACCACCUGCAUCAACACGGGGGGCGGCUUCCAGUGCGUCAGCCCCCAGUGCCCCCAGCCCGCCGGCAACGUCACCUACGUCAAAACGUCACCCUUCCAGUGCGAGCGCAACCCCUGCCCGAUGGAGAGCCGGUCAUGCCACCAAGCACCCAAAACCAUCCGCUUCGGCAUCGUGGGCGGCAACAACCGCGGCCACUUCGUGAUGCAGCGCUCGGACCGGCAGACCGGGGAGCUCAUCCUGGUGCAGAGCCUCAAGGGUCCCCAGACCAUCCAGGUGGACGUGGACAUGUCCGAGUACCUGGACCGUGUCUUCCAGGCCAAGCACGUGUCCAAAAUCACCGUCUUCGUCUCCGCGUAUGAGUUUUAG